CCCCGAAGGUGAAGCCAAGGCUGUCAGGCUCAUCAGGUUCUUAGGACACCAGACUGGCAGCCCCAAGGAGAACUUUCUGGAGACUGACAACAUACCAACAAGUUGCGAGGGGAUUAAAAACACCUUCACCACUCAACACGCCCAAGCAAGGGCCGAGGGAAGCACUGUGACCUGCACAGGCAGCCUGACAGCUGUAUGGGGACCUUGCUGAGGAGCACAUCUGGAGAAUAAAAGCUAAGUACCAGCUUGGAAUUUCGUGCCCCCAGAAUCCUUCAGCCUUUUUAGAUAAUAAGCAUCAAAUUCUGUGUCUCUGUACGCAAGUUCUUCUAGCGGUUUGUUGGAAGGUAGCUCUAUCUUAGGUUAAGGGCUACAAAAAGAACAUAACUCCUAGGGAAGGAAGAAGGAAGAAAGACAUGAAAAUUAGAAGAUCGGGGUCCUUUGAAGGACUUCAGCUCGCGAGGGGUACGUGCUGGUGAGGGAGUGUGUGUUGGAGAGCAUUUGGCUCACCUCCAUCCCGGGUCCCUCUUCUAGUACCAGCGAGGGGAGGGGCUAGUGAAGAAGGGACAGAAAGAGAAAGAAACCUGAGCUGUGUGGGAGGAGGUUCAGAGGAACCCGGAGAAAUGAACCUCGGGCUGCAGGGACUAAACUAGAGCCAGGAGAAACAGGUCCCGGGAGUAGGGAGAGGGCACCGCCGCCCACGCAGCCCCGCGCCCCCGCGCAGGGCGCCGGAAGACGCACUCUCUGCGCGCUGCUGCUCCUGAAAGUUUGGUCCGUGAACGAAACAGUUUCCCGGUGACUGCGAAUCCACCACUGCUAGCCGUCUCCUCCUCCUUCCCCCAUCAUUCCGGUGUGGUACCCAGAAGUUGACUUCUGGGUCUGUGUAAAGAGCUGGGGGGAGGUAUGAUGUGCCUAACAAUCCUGAGAAUAAGCCUGGUGAUUGUGGCUGGGGGGGCGCUCAGCACCGCAGGCUCUGAGCCGGGCUGGCCUCGCAAGAGGUCCCUGGUGCAGAGGGGACACCUGAAGCAGGUGCUGUCGGAAGGGGAACGCUGUUGGCUGGGGGCCGAGCUGCGAAGACCCAGCGCUGCUCCCCAGCAUCACCCCUUUGGGGUCUACCCCAGCAGGCCUGGGGGCUACCUGAGGCCCUACCCCCUGGGGGGGCAGGGAACGAGCCCCGCAGGGCGUAGGAAGCCUGGGGCCUCGAGCCCUGCUGAAAGCUUGGGGCUGAGGGGCCCCGCUGAGCAGCCAGCUGCCCCGUGGGCCACCACCAGGGCUGGUCCUGCUGGGUGGUCCGAGCCCAGGGGAGACAAUGACACUUCUCUUGGUGACGGAGGAUCCAAGGAGCCUCUAGGUGAGGCUGGGACUCAGGAACACACUGCCACGGCUGCCACAGUUGCCACCACCUUCGCGGCCCCAGAGGAACCCAAACCAGAGACCCGAAGGAAGGGCCGGGCCAAGACCAGGCAUCGUCGCCAGGUGGCGAAGGGGCAGGCAGGGGCCGCGCGGGGAGACCCAGCUGUCCCUCCGAGGCAUCUCCAGCCCCGGCCGAAGCAUCCCCCCGUGCCCGGGGUCAGAACCAGUCCAUUGGAGGACAGCACCCAGAGGGGUGGAGGGGACCCCUCCUGGGAAGCAGAGUCCCACGGAGGGCUGCCUGUCUUGUAUUUCCCCGGGAGGCGGGGGCGGCUCCUGCUGCGUCCAGAAGUGCUGGCUGAGAUUCCCCGGGAGGCGUUCACAGUGGAAGCCUGGGUGAGGCCGGAGGGAGGACAGAGCAACCCAGCCAUCAUUGCAGGUGUUUUUGAUAACUGCUCCCACACUGUCAGUGACAAGGGCUGGGCCCUAGGGAUCCGCUCAGGGAAGGACAUGGGAAGGCGGGACGCUCGCUUCUUCUUCUCCCUUCGCACCGACCGUGUGAAAAAAGCCACCAUUGUGACUGGCCACAGUCGCUACCAACCAGGCACAUGGACACAUGUGGCAGCCACUUAUGAUGGACAGCGUAUGGCCCUGUAUGUGGAUGGCACUCGGGUGGCCAGUAGCCCAGAGCAGUCUGGUCCCCUCAACAGCCCCUUCAUGGCAUCCUGUCGCUCUUUGCUUCUGGGGGGAGACAGCUCAGAGGAUGGCCACUAUUUUCGUGGACACCUCGGCACCCUGGUCUUCUGGUCGACCGCCCUCCCACAAAGCUAUCUCCAGCACAGUCCUCAGCACCCAGCUGGAGAGGAGGAAUUGGCCACCCUGAUUCUGACAGCCAGUUUUGAGCCCUUGGAAGAACAGUGGGCCCCCUUUAGAGAUGGGGAAUUCCCAUGGCGUGAGGUUCUGCAGGGCUUUGAGCCUGAGCCUGAGAUUCUCUCACCCCUGAAGCCCCCUCUCUGUGGACGGACGGCUUGUGACAAUGUGGAGCUGAUCUCCCACUACAAUGGGCACCGGCCCCUCCAGGGGGAGAAGGUGAUCCGCUACCGAGUGGUCAACAUCUGUGACGAUGAGGGCCUGAACCCCACCGUGAGUGAGGAGCAAAUCAGCCGGCAGCACAAGGCGCUCAACCAUGCCUUCAGCCGCUACAACAUCAGUUGGCAGCUGAGCGUCCACCAGGUCCACAACUCCACCCUGCGCCACCGGGUCGUGCUUGUGAACUGUGAGCCCAGCAAGAUCGGCAAUGACCACUGUGACCCUGAGUGUGAGCACCCGCUGACGGGCUAUGACGGGGGCGACUGCCGGCUGCAUGGCCGGUGCUACUCCUGGAACCGUAGGGAUGGGCUCUGCCACGUGGAGUGCAACAACAUGCUGAACGACUUUGACGACGGGGACUGCUGCGACCCCGAGGUGGCUGAUGUGCGCAAGACCUGCUUCGACCCUGACUCACCCAGGAGGGCGUACAUGAGUGUGAAGGAGCUGAAGGAGGCACUGCAGCUCAACAGUACUCACUUCCUCAAUGUCUACUUUGCUAGCUCAGUGCGGGAAGACCUUGCAGGUGCUGCCACCUGGCCUUGGGACAAGGAAGCCGUCAGUCACCUGGGUGGCGUUGUCCUCAACCCAGCCUAUUAUGGCAUGCCCGGCCAUACCAACAUCAUGAUCCACGAGGUGGGACAUGUCCUCGGACUCUACCAUGUCUUCAAAGGGGUCAGUGAGAGGGAAUCCUGUGAUGACCCCUGUAGGGAAACAGUGCCAUCCAUGGAUACGGGAGACCUCUGUGCUGACACUGCCCCUACUCCCAAGAGUAAGCUGUGCCAGGAACCAGAGCCUAUCAAUGACACCUGUGGCUUCACCCACUUCCCGGGGGCUCCAUUCAGCAACUACAUGAGCUAUACAGACGAUGACUGUACCGACAGCUUCACCCCUAACCAGGUGGCCCGGAUGCAUUGCUAUUUGGACCUCGUGUAUCAGCAGUGGAGUCAAAGCCAGAAGCCCACGCCCAUUCCCAUCCCACCCAUGGUCGUCGGGCAGACCCGCACGUCCCUUACCAUCCACUGGCUUCCUCCAAUUAGUGGGGUUGUGCAUGACAGGGUCCCAGGCAGCGUGUGUGGUGCCUGCACUGAAGACGGGACAUUCCGUCAGUAUGUGCACACAGCUUCCUCCCGGCGUGUGUGUGACUCCUCAGGUUACUGGACUCCAGAGGAGGCUGUGGGGCCUCCAGACGUGGACCAGCCCUGUGAGCCGAGCUUGCAGGCCUGGAGUCCCGAGCUCCACCUGUAUCAUAUGAACAUGACGGUCCCCUGCCCUUCGGAAGGCUGUAGCCUGGAGCUGCUCUUCCAGCACGCGGUCCAAGCUGACACCCUGACCCUGUGGGUCACCUACCUCUCCAUGGACUCCUCCCAGGCACUCUUUGACACGGAGAUCUUGCUGGAACACCAGGAGUCUGUGCACCUGGGCCCCUUAGAUGCUUUCUGUGACACCCCACUCACUAUCAAACUGCAUGUGGAUGGGAAGGUCUCAGGGGUGAAGGUCUACACCUUUGAUGAACGGAUGGAGAUUGACGCAGCUCUGCUAACUUCCCAGCCCCAUAGUCCCCUGUGCUCUGGCUGCAGGCCUGUGAGGUACCAGGUUCUUCGUGAGCCCCCAUUUGCCAAUGGCUUGCCCAUGGUGGUGACAAAUCCUCACAGGAAGUUCACGGACGUGGAGGUCACACCUGGCCAGCUGUAUCGGUACCAAGUUCAAGCUGGAGCUGGAACGGAACUGGGAGAAGCCUCGCCUCCUCUGAGCCACAUCCAUGGAGCUCCUUACUGUGGAGACGGGAAGGUGGCAGGGAGCCUGGGAGAAGAAUGUGAUGAUGGGGACCUUCUGAGCGGAGAUGGCUGCUCAAGGGCGUGCCAGCUGGAAGAAGGCUUCCACUGCGCAGGAGAGCCAAGCCUAUGUUACAUAUAUGAGGGAGACGGGAUAUGUGAGCCUUUUGAGAAGGAAACCAGCAUCAUAGACUGUGGCCUCUACACUCCCAAAGGAUACCUGGAUCAGUGGGCCACCCAAGCGUAUUCCUCGCAUGAAGACAAGAAAUGUCCUGCUUCCUUGGUCACUGGAGAACCUCAUUCCAUGAUGUGCACCUCAUACCAUCCAGAUUUACCAGAGCAUCGUCCUCUCACCGGAUGGUUUCCCUGUGUCACCAAUGGAAACAGACCUCUGGACAAAAGGAGUGAGCAGGCAGAAGGUAGCCUGGAGAGAGAGGAGGAGGUUUGGCUCAAAGUGUGUUUCAGUAGACCAGAAGUGGCCACGGCAAUUUUCAUUUUCUUGACAUCUGAUGGCCCAGUACUUGGAGAACAGCAACACCCAGCAGUGACUGUUCACCUGACCGAUGUCAGUGGGAACAACCACUCUCUUGGAACCUAUGAACUGUCAUGCCAGCAAAACCCACUGGUUAUCAAUGUGAGCCAUCACCUGAAUGUCCUCUCCCACCGUACCUCCUCACUGCUGCUGAAUUUCUCAUCCCCAUUGGUGGGCAUCUCAGCGGUGGCUCUAAGGACACCCUCGCACAUAAGUUCUUCAACUCUCAAUGACUGCAUCCUAGAGCAUGAGGGACAAAAUCAUCAGGGACAGAGCUGUGUCCAUCGGCCCUGUGGAGAGCAGGACAGCUGUGCGCCAUUGCUGCUUGAUCAUGCGGAUAUGGUGAACUGUACCCCUGGUGGCCCAGGUCACAUGAAGUGUGCUAUCGCCUGCCAAAGGGGGUUUGCCCUUCAGGCCAGGAACGGGCAAUACCUCAGGCCCAUGCAGAAGGAAAUUCUGCUCACAUGUGCCUCUGGGCACUGGGACCGGGCUGUGAGCUGCAAGCCCCUGGAUUGCGGCGUUCCCGACCCAUCUUUGGUGAACUAUGCAAACUUCUCCUGCUCCGAGGGAACAGGCUUUCUGAAACGCUGUUUCAUCUCCUGUGUGCCACCAGCUAAGCUUCAAGGACGGAACCCAUGGCUGACCUGUCUUGAAGACGGACUCUGGUCCCUCCCUGAAGCCUACUGCAAGUUGGAGUGUGAUGCUCCCCCUGUAAUCCCAAAUGCCAGCCUGCUCCUGCCUCAGUGCCUCCAGGGCGGCCAUGACGUGGGCUCCGUCUGCAGAUACGAAUGCAAACCAGGCUACUACGCUGAGCCGAGUGCGGAGGGUAAAGUCAGGAGCAAAUUCCUGAAGAUACAGUGCCUGGAGGGGGGCAUCUGGGAACAAGGCACCUGCAUCCCAGUGGUGUGUGAGCCCCCUUCUCCUGUCUUUGAAGGCAUGUAUGAAUGUACCAAUGGCUUUGAGCUCAACAGCCAGUGUGUGCUCAACUGUAACCAGGAAAGUGGAAGGGCUCCCAUCCUCUGCACUAAGGAGGGACUGUGGACUGAGGAGUUCAAGUUGUGUGAGAACCUGCAAGGGGAGUGCCCAGCACCCCCAUUGGAGCUGAAUUUUGUGGAGUACAAGUGUGAACAGGGAUACGGGAUCGGUGCUGUGUGUUCCCCAUCAUGUGUGAUUCCCCCAAGUGAUCCCGUAAUUCUGCCUGAGAACGUCACUGCUGACACUCUGGAGCACUGGAUGGAACCUGUCAAAGUCCAGAGCAUCGUGUGCACUGGGCGGCGUCAAUGGCACCCACCCCCCUUCCUCAUCCACUGCAUCCAGUCGUGUGAGCCUUUCCAAGCAGAUGGGUGGUGUGAUACCAUCAACAACCGGGCCUACUGCCACUAUGAUGGGGGGGACUGCUGCUCUUCCACUCUGUCCUCUAAGAAGGUCAUUCCAUUUGCUGCUGACUGUGACCUGGAUGAAUGCACCUGCCGGGACCCCAAGGCUGAAGAAAAUCAGUAACUAUGGAACCAAGCCCCUCCUUCUACCGCCCUGGUGGCAGUAAGAAAGAGAGGCCUCCACAAAAGGACACAAAAGGUGAACCAAGAAGAAAGAUCAUGAGAUAAAGGAAGAGCAUGAGAAUCUUGUAGAAUGCAGGAGGGUAUUUAUAGGUACCAACUAUUGCAUCAAGUAGCCCAAGUAGGGGAGAGUCAUAGGCAAAAGUUUCUUCAAAGGGACAGUUGACUAAAAGUGGAAGGAGAAAUAUGAUAGAUAUACAAGGACCCUCCUCCCCCAUUUAUAUUCUAUUCAACCCCAUCCUCACCUCCUGCCCUGCUCCCCACUCUGUACCCUGCCAACUAUUCAACCCCACCCAGCUUGUCAACCAAUACCAAAAUACUAGAAGAGAAGUUGCCAGGGACACUCUGUUAACACCCAUUGUGAAUGGAUUGCCAUCUUUCAGGGCUCAUCUGCUCUAAACUGGCUCCCUUCCUUUUGUGUAGUCUCCCUUAGUAAUGACAAGGUUAGUUAUUAAUUCUUUGUAAGUAUUUAAACAUAAUUAUAUAAAUAUAUUAUAUAUAUUAUA